AUGCUCUUCUUCCAUGGUUUUAGUGGCUGCGAUGUCGUUUCAACAUUCCGUGGCAACGGGAAGAAGUCUGCUUGGCAGACCUGGGAUGUUUGUGAUGAGGCUUCCGGUGUCUUCAGCAAACUCAGUCUGUACCCACCGGUAGUGGAUGAUGAAGACAUCGAGACCUUGGAGAAGUUUGUGGUCAUGAUGUACGGCAGAUUCAGCACAGCUGAAGAUAUCGAUGAUGCGAGGUUGGAUAUGUUUGCUCGGAAGCAGAGGUCAUACGAAGCCAUGUCUUCAAUCCGAGCAGCGCAGAAGAAGCAUGUGAAGCGCUGCAUCUGGUGUCAGUCAGCAGUACGCCAACCAGAAACGCAGACUCAUUCCAACUGCUGCUGGACCAAGAAAGGAGAUCUGUCGCAAAUCGUUUGGUCAGAGCUCCAACCCAUUGCAGAGAGUUGCCAGCAGCUGACCAAGUGUGGAUGCAAGUCGAAAUGCUGA